ACCGCAGUGUGAGCGCGAGGCGCUGCCGGCGGGCGGGGCGGAGGCCCGGAGCCCGCGGCGGCGGCACCGCCGAACCCGGGCAGCCACUGAGAGCGCGCCAGCCGCGUCUCCCCAGCAACGGGCCUGGCAAGUCAGGGCUGCGCCUCCUCCCUCUGUCCCUCCCUUCUUCCGUCCGUCCGUCCGUGAGGGUCCUUAUUCUCCCUUCAGCCCGGCUGGCCACGGGCACCGGCAGCUGAGGCUGCCCGCUCCCGCCUUACUCCCCCCCCCCCUCCCCGCCCCAUCCUCUGGACCGGGGCUCGGGGUGUGUGCAUGGGAGUGGGGGGGGGGAGGUUCUUUAUUGGCCUCGUCCUCCCCCCCCCUCCCUUCUCUUCCACACUCCACCCAGAAAUGAUCCAGUGAAACUAGGAGGAGGCGAUUCUCCUCCUCCCUCCCGCUGCUGCUCCUGCUGGUCUGGAAGGGACUGCAGGAAUCUUGGCUCGGCUCGGCUCCCAGGCAGGCUGCGGGGAGGGGAGAUCGGCGUGUGGAGAGAGGGGGCCGCUGUGGCGCGGGGUGUAGCUCUCCCGCUGCGCGGCGGGGUGCGUGGGGGGCUGCUGGGUCCCUGACCAUGGGGAAGGACCAGGAACUGCUGGAAGCUGCUCGCACUGGGAAUGUGGCUCUGGUGGAGAAACUCCUCUCUGGGAGGAAAGGAGGGAUCCUGGGCAGUGGAUCUGGAGCUAUUCCCUUAUCCAGCUUACUGAGCAUCUGGCGAGGACCAAAUAUAAACUGCACAGACAGUUCAGGUUAUACUGCUUUACAUCAUGCAGCUUUAAACGGACACAAGGAUAUAGUUCUCAAAUUACUUCAGUAUGAAGCAUCAACUAAUGUGGCAGAUAAUAAAGGUUAUUUUCCUAUUCACUUGGCUGCUUGGAGAGGAGAUGUAGACAUUGUGAAGAUUCUCAUCCAUCAUGGGCCAUCACACUCCAGAGUGAAUGAACAGAAUAAUGAAAAUGAAACAGCACUGCACUGUGCAGCUCAAUAUGGUCAUUCAGAAGUAGUUGCUGUUCUGUUAGAAGAGCUAACAGAUCCUACAAUAAGGAACAACAAACUAGAAACACCUCUGGAUCUGGCAGCACUUUAUGGACGUCUGCGUGUUGUAAAAAUGAUCAUCAAAGCAUAUCCAAACCUGAUGAACUGUAAUACAAGAAAACACACUCCUUUGCAUCUUGCUGCACGUAAUGGCCACAAAGCUGUUGUACAGGUGCUUCUGGAGGCUGGAAUGGAUGUCAGCUGCCAAGUCUAUCCAAUAUCCUUCAAUCUGAAAUUAUUUAGAAGUGAGCAAUACAAAUCUGCUUCAUCUCUUUAUGCUUUGAAGUUUUCAUUUAAAUUGAAACAUAUGAAAAAUACACAGGUUUUGGAAAAAGGGAGUGCACUACAUGAAGCAGCCCUGUUUGGAAAGGUGGAGGUAGUACGCAUUUUGCUUGAAACAGGAAUUGAUACCAACAUAAAGGACAGUUUGGGUAGAACAGUUUUAGAUAUUCUUAAAGAACACCCAUCUCAGCAGUCACUCCAAAUUGCAGCUCUACUUCAAGAAUAUAUGGAAACAGGAAAUUCAAGUAUUUCAGAGGAACGCCCACGGGAAUGCGCAGAACAUCAGUCUUGCAUUUUGUCCCCAGAAGUUCCUCCGUCUCCAAAGGCUAAAAGUGAAGCUGUGACUGGAGAAUUGUCAAAGCUCUUAGAUGAAAUCAAAUUGUGCCAAGAAAAGGAAUAUUCUUUUGAAGAUCUGUCUCAUACAAUAUCAGACCAUUAUCUGGACAAUUUUAGUAAAGUAUCAGAGGAAGAACUUAUGACCAGUGGAAGCCAAACCAAGCUUAAUGUAAGGCCUUCUCCAACAUGUUUAUCACCAAGAGAGGAAGAAGAAGAUGAUGCAGGUGAAAAUACUUGUGGUCCCUCAGGUUUAUGGGAGGCAUUGACACCUUGUAAUGGAUGCAGGAACCUCGGAUUUCCCAUGCUUGCACAGGAAUCUUAUUCAAAGAAGAGAGGUUAUGCAUUGGAAGCAAUACCCUCUGUACCUCUGGAUGCAGUUCCUUCAGAAAAUGACAGCAGUCUUUGUGAUUCGAUAGACAUAGCAGUGACCAAAAAACCUUGUUCCCUAGAGAUAGCAAGAGUUCCUUCCUCAAGACCAGAUAAUGCACCUCAGGUAGCAAUUACCGCACCAGGAUCUGGUAACCAUAGAAACAGCUCUACAGGCCCAACACCUGACUGCUCUCCUCCAUCACCAGACACUGCACUUAAAAACAUAGUGAAAGUUAUACGUCCUCAGCCCAAGCAGCGCACAUCAAUAGUAUCUUCUCUGGAGUUCCACCGAAUGAAUCACAGCCACAAUUAUUUUGAAAUCAACUCAUCCAUUGGCUGUACAAGUUUUAUUUCUACACCUGCAAUCAGUCCAGCUAAUUAUUCCUCCAGACCUCUGGAAUACAGUGCUGAAGAGAGAGAACUUCCAGAGCAUCUUUGCCAGGGAGAAACAUCCACUGAAAGUGAGCUUCCUGCAGGACACCCCGCUGAGCAGUUUGCAGGCUUACUUCAUGGAUCAUCACCUGCUUGUGACCCACCUGAUAAUCCACUCCAGCUCUACAGCAAAGCAAACCAGUGCAGUGGUCCACUAGAGAAAAGUGUUUUGAGCAAGAGCACAGCGCAGCAGAUACAGCUACGGAAAGAAAGCAACACUGAUCCUCCUGUUAAGAAAAAAAAGCCACCAGUUGUAAACAGAACCAUAUUUCAUACUAAAACUAAACCAGUAGAAAAUCACACACUGGUUGGCACGUCAGCAAGGAUAAGUGAACAAUGGGUUAUUACCACUGGGGGAUUUGUGGAGCGAGCAUGCACACUUGGCAGAAUACGAUCUUUACCAAAGACUUUGCUUGAAAUGCAUAUGAGCAAAAACGUUUCGAAAUCUGAUUCUAAUCUUAUCACCCAUCCACCAAAUGACAAAAAAGCAAGAAGCAACUGGAGUGAACCCACACCAAACCAACAGUGCUCCAAAGGGAAUUCGGAGAGAACACCUUCGUUCACAUCAGAAUGGGAAGAAAUUGAUAAAAUCAUGAGUUCAAUAGAUGCUGGAAUUAAUACUGGACUGGGAGAGAUGAAUGAUCACAUUACAAGACCCCGAUGCCCUGUCCAGACAGUGGGACAAUGGUUGGAAAAUAUUGGGCUACCUCAGUAUGAAAACCACUUGCUGGCUAAUGGAUUUGACAAUGUGCAAUUUAUGGGAAGCAAUGUAAUGGAGGACCAGGAUCUCUUGGAAAUAGGAAUCCUUAAUUCUGGACACAGACAGAGAAUACUACAAGCAAUCCAGCUUCUCCCAAAGAUGAAGCAGAUUGGUCACGAUGGCUACAACCCCACCUCUGUAGCUGAAUGGCUGGAUUCCAUUGAACUGGGUGACUAUACCAAAUCCUUUCUAAUUAAUGGCUAUACAUCGAUGGACCUUGUGAAAAAAAUCUGGGAGAUUGAAUUAAUUAAUGUCUUAAAAAUUAGUUUGAUUGGCCACAGGAAGCGUGUUCUGGCAUCUUUGGGAGACAGGCUUCACGAAGAUCCUCCUCAGAAACCACCUCGGUCAAUAACCCUCAGGGAACCCAGCGGUAACCACACUCCUCCUCAGUUGUCUCCAUCACUUAGCCAAAGCACUUUCACUACUGGUGGCUCCCUGGACGUUCCCCACAUUAUCAUGCAGGGUGAUGCAAGGAGAAGAAGAAAUGAAAACUAUUUUGAUGAUAUUCCCCGGUCAAAGCUGGAGAGGCAGAUGGCACAGCAGUCCUCUGUCUGUGAGAUCUGGACCAACCAGAAUGCAGGAUAUCCUUUCUCAUCGAUUCAUCAGGUUCAUAAUACAGGAGACUGGGGAGAGCCUUCAAUUACCUUGCGACCUCCAAAUGAAGCCACAGCAUCAACACCUGUACAGUAUUGGCAACAUCAUCCAGAGAAACUCAUCUUCCAGUCAUGUGAUUAUAAAGCAUUUUAUUUAGGUUCUAUGCUGGUAAAAGAGUUAAGAGGCACAGAGUCAACACAGGAUGCGUGUGCAAAGAUGAGGAAGUCUACAGAACAAAUGAAGAAAGUACCAACCAUUGUCCUGUCCGUCUCUUACAAGGGAGUCAAAUUUAUUGAUGCAACAAAUAAGAAUAUUAUUGCUGAACAUGAAAUCCGUAACAUUUCCUGUGCUGCACAAGACCCUGAAGACCUUUCUACAUUUGCGUACAUCACUAAAGACUUGAAGACUAAUCACCACUACUGCCAUGUAUUCACUGCGUUUGAUGUGAAUUUAGCUUACGAAAUCAUUCUUACACUAGGACAAGCAUUUGAGGUGGCCUAUCAGCUUGCACUACAAGCACGAAAAGGGGGCCAUUCUUCAACCCUCCCAGAAAGCUUUGAAAACAAACCCUCCAAACCUAUUCCCAAACCACGUGUUAGUAUUCGGAAGUCGGUGCAGAUAGAUCCAUCUGAGCAAAAGACUCUUGCGAAUCUACCAUGGAUUGUUGAACCUGGACAAGAAGCCAAAAGAGGCAUUAAUACCAAGUAUGAAACUACAAUUUUCUGAUACAAAACUGUCCCCCUGUUCCUUGUUGUGCCUUGCACGCCAAGCAGUCACAGCACAGCCUUUCCUUUAUGGCAACGUUUCAAUCCAGCAGAGAGGAAGACUGCACUGUAUGAGUGGCCUUGUAACUAACAAAAAAGGCUGACAGUCAUUUCUGGUGAUGUUCUUCUUCCUGCAGCACUGACAGAAGAAUGACACUAUAUGAAGACUUUUAAAAUUACAGUCCACAAGAGGAGUGAGAAACCUUAUUUUUCACGCAGUUCUCCCUUGUGACUCUGCCACAGUGCUUUCUUUGAUUUCUUCUUUUAGAAUUCUACUUUUUAAAGAAAAAAAAACCACAAGGUCUCUAAACUAACACUAAUGCUGCCUACGAGUAGAAUAUUUGAUUGGUUUUUUUAUUUAAAUCUUGGCAGUUUUUAAUUGAAAUAGAACCAGAAUUAAUAAAUAGAGUAUUUGUGAAACCACUGAAUUCAUUAAUAAUUACUGUGUUGAAUAAAAAACUCAUUAAAGUGACAAGAAAUUAGGCACCCUGAUUUCUGUGUGCACUGGUUUUAUAUGUAAUCAUUGGUGUCCUUUGAUCCUCUACAGAAAUAGGAACCUCUUGCAUUGUAACAAAGGAUCAGAGUUUUAUGAAGGGUUAGAAAAAGGUAUUAAUAAUGCACAGAAAACGUUUAUUAGAUAUUUUUAUGGAAGAGAAGUACUAUAGGAAAACAUAUGAAUAUUUAUGGAAGGAAGCCAGAUUAAUUAUGACAAAUAUUGUUUAUUUUAAAGUUAAGUAAACCACUGCUAUUGCAGCAUUAUGAAAAUUAUAAGAGUUGUAGCAUCAGUGCACUGGAUGUUCCGUGUGAUCAGUCUGGAAUGAAAGUGGAAUGGUCAUUCUACUACACCUACAUAUAGUUUAUGCAGUUCAACAUUGCUAUAGCCAUGAAUUCUACUUGUAUUUUUAAAAAAUAAUCUCAGUGGUUCUAAAAUAAGUCAAAACCAUGGAUUUUGCUAUCAAGAUUUGUGUCACAGAAAGCUUGUUUGGAAGAGUGUUGAUAAAAUUCUGCUGCAAAAACAUUUUCUAAGUAAAAAUAGUGAGAAAAAGAAAAAAAUUCCAAAGUAAUAAAAAUGUUUUCAUGGAACAAAAUAGUUAAGCAUUUGCUUAAUAUUUGAUUAAAUAAGAUUUACUUACAUUUUCUUUGAAGUGUUUUAAUUUUUUUAAUGUCUGUGGAGUAUUUGUAUAAUACCAUGAUGUAUAUUUAUGUAGAACUGAAAUUAUAACAGUACAAAUAUCACUAUAGGAGAAAAAUGACAUUUUAACGUAUAUUGUUCUAUCCAGUCAAAUUGUGAAUCAUUUUGAAGUUCAUUAUAGAGAUAUUGAUAAAUUGUGUGGUUGUCUUAAUGUUUUUUUAUUAUUAUUUCAUAUCCAGCUGAGGUUUUCAGUUAGAAUCAUCAGUUGGUAAAUUCCAAAAUAAUUGAACUUGGCUUAAACCUGAUAAUUGUAUAUGGUUUAGUUAAACCUAAUCAUAGCGCUGAGUGAUGACAUACUUUUAAUACAGUAUUCAAUUUACUUGAACAAAAUAGUUCCUUGUACAUAUUUUUGCCUAUUCACUGUUGAUAUGUACGUAGUCAACUGACAGUAAAAAAAUAACACUUAAAAUAUGGUACCAAAAGGAAAAUUGUAUAGGAGAACAGUAAAUAGUAGCCUCACUGCAACAAAUACUUAUGUAAAUAUGCUUGGGCUUCCAGUUAUAAAUUUUGUAAUUUUGUCAUUUAUUUAUAUCCUAUAAAAGCACACAAAAUAAAAUGAAGUUGUACAGUC